UAAUCACGUGACCAGCGAGCGAACAGACCAGUUGAACAAGAGUUGAACGCUAUAUCAGAGUGCCAGAAAUUUUAAUAAACGAAUGGGAAUGAGCCUGCACCGAGUACACCUUUAAUAAACGAACGGUAAAUUCAAGCUCGGAGAACUCAGAUCAAAAUACCUAACGCACUGUUUAUGUUAUGCGAGUGAAUUAACUGUAAGCGCAGACAAAUAAACAACAAAGAACAGAUUAUUCUCUAUUAAAAACCGAAUUAAAAAUGAAUUUUCUAAUGCCUAAAGAUAUUGUCAACGGCGCAAUGCUGCCCCGGUUCUCUGGUAAGCCAGUCAGCAUUAUUGGAAGGGUACGCGAUCUAGAUGCGAAUGGAAUGCAUUUCACUAUAGAAUCAACCGAUGGGCUUGUUGUGAAAAUUAUCCCUGACACACCCAUUAAUUCGCCUAUGAGAGGUUGGAUUGAGGUAUCUGGACAUUCAACUGGUACGGAAAUCGAGGCCCGCGAAUUUGUUUGCUUCGACAAUGAAGACUUCGAUUGUAAAGGCUACAAUGAGCUUUGUUCGCUUCUUUAUUUGGUACCGAAUGCAGCUUCUUGAAUCUCGUUUUUUUUUGUAUUUUUGUAUUAUCGUGUUGAAAUAAAGUAUUACUUUUCCUUUGCCUUAA